AGUCCUGAUGUGGGAGAGAAACCAGCUUCCUGCUCCAAGACCAAGAACACAGGAAAGAGUAAAAUCCCCUGCUCACUCUGUGGUAAACAGUUUACCAAGAAAGGAGACCUCAACAGACACAUGAGAAUCCACACUGGAGAGAAACCAUUCCCCUGCUCACUCUGUGGUACAGCGUUUGCAUGUAAAGGAUACCUCAAGCUACACAUGACAAACCACACUGGAGAGAAACCAUUCCCUUGCUCACUCUGUGGUAAAGGGUUUACUGACAAAGGACACCUCAAGCUACACAUGAGAAUUCACAGUGGAGAGAAACCGUUUGUCUGCUCACCCUGUGGUAAAGGGUUUGCACAUAAAGGGACCCUCAACAAACACAUGAGAAUCCACACUGGAGAGAAACCAUUCGUCUGCUCCCUCUGUGGUAAAGGGUUUGCACGUAAAGGACACCUCAAGAAACACAUGAGAAUCCACACUGGAGAGAAACCGUUCGUCUGCUCACUAUGUGGAAAAGGGUUUACUGACAAAGGACACCUCAAGCUACACAUGAGAAUCCACACUGGAGAGAAACCGUUCCCCUGCUCACUCUGUGGUACAGCGUUUGCACAAAAAGGAAACCUCAAGCAACACAUGAGAAUCCACACUGAAGAGAAACCGUUCCCCUGCUCACUCUGUGGUAAAGGGUUUGCAAACAAAGGAGCCCUCGAGCUACACAUGAGAAUCCACACUGGAGAGAAACCAUUCAUAUGCUCACUCUGUGGUAAAGGGUUUGCACAGAAAGGAACCCUCAAGCUACACAUGAGAAUCCACACUGGAGAGAAACCGUUCGUCUGCUCACUCUGUGGCAAAGGGUUUACUGAUAAAGGACCUCUCGAGCUACACAUGAGAAUCCACACUGGAGAGAAACCAUUCCUCUGCUCACUCUGUGGUAAAGGGUUUACCAAGAAAGGAGACCUCAACAGACACAUGAGAAUCCACACUGGAGAGAAGCCGUUCCCCUGCUCACUCUGUGGUAAAGGGUUUACUGAUAAAGUACACCUCAAGCGACACAUGAGAAUCCACACUGGAGAGAAGCCGUUCCCCUGCUCACUCUGUGGUAAAGGGUUUACUGAUAAAGGACACCUCAAGCUACACAUGAGAAUCCACACUGGAGAGAAACCCUUCGUCUGCUCACUCUGUGGUAAAGGGUUUACUGAUAAAGGACACCUCAAGCUACACAUGAGAAUCCACACUGGAGAGAAACCAUUCCCCUGCUCACUCUGUGGUAAAGGGUUUACCAAGAAAGGAGACCUCAACAGACACAUGAGAAUCCACACUGGAGAGAAACCAUUCCCCUGCUCACUCUGUGGUAAAGGGUUUACUGAUAAAGGACACCUCAAGCGACACAUGAGAAUCCACACUGGAGAGAAACCAUUCGUCUGCUCCCUCUGUGGUAAAGGGUUUGCACAUAAAGGAAACUUAAACAAACACAUGAGAACCCACACUGGAGAGAACCUGUAG